AUGCUAUGCGCGGCGUGCGCCGUCGACACUGGUGGCGGAUGCACUGGCCGCGCCGGCCGCGCCCGGCCAGAUUUAUACGCGCGAAAGUCGCGCCCGGCCGCGGCGGCGACUCCACCGCGCCUCUAUCCCGGAUCAGAUUUUGGCGCUCCGGCGUCCGGCAGUCGCGUCCGUGACGUCAGCCACGACCUUGGAUGCGUAGGAGUCAGGCAGAAGUGUGGGACACCUCCGGUGUUGCAUAACAAAACGUCCGGCUACAAUGACGACUUGUUGACAAGGAAAGUCCUU